AUGCAAGUAGAGUACCUUAAUAAAAGAAAAAAAAAAUUAAAAGCGCGACCAAGUUUCGCAAAGGCGCGCAGCGGCACAGCGGAAUCUCGUUUGGUGAAAUUCCAAGUCGUGGCACACAGACUAGAGAGAUUAAAGGGAUUCCGGAAAGAGCCAGCCAGGCGAUAAAGAAAAUAAGAAACUCCUCUUUUUUGAAUUUUUGAAAAUUUUCAAAUUUUUAAUGUAUGAGGUAGCCGGACUGAUAGGAGAGAUCUGGCAAGCUAGAGAGUGUGGAAAUAUUAGAAAGAGCCAGACUCAGAAAGGAAAUUACCCCUUCUGACUGUUACAAGAGAUGAAUUUUUGAUGAAUUUAGGUUCCUCAAGGCUUGUAGUUUAUUGAAAAUCCAAAAUUGGAAUCAAAAUAAGCUACUUCAUUAAGUCAUGAACCUUUGAGGAAAAAGUUAUUGUAUAAACUUGCCUUUUAAAGAAAAAAAAGGCGACGUAGAAACACUUUUUUUUAAAGCCGAGUCUUUAGUACUUUCUCAGAAGAAAGGCUGUUCAGGAAUCCCAACUGCAACUUCUGCAACAAGUGCUUGCCGCUUCUGACGCCGACGCCGAGGAGGAAGACGUCAAGGAGGAACUCGCCGAUGGAACGAUCCGAGUGAGCCGUCGAGAAGCCACAAUGUCCUCGAUGUCUGGUGGAUCCGGUGUCUCUUACCAAAAUAAGGGAAAAGUUCGUUUCAAAACUAAAAUGUAGAUGAACAAGUUUGUUUUCCAGCAAAUCGGAGAACGCCAUCCGCUCUUCAAACGCUUCCGCGCCACUUAA